CCCGGAGGCAACUGGCGGCGGGUGCUGCGGCGGCCAGGCCUCCAAGCUGGCGUCAGCGCUCUGGGUACUUGAGGAGAGGUUGUCUGUGAUGCGUUCGCUGUAUUAAUGACGAAUAUAACGCAGAUGGCCUAUCUUCAGUACCGCCUACCCGCGAGCGAGCAGGGCCGCAGGGCCCGAGGCUGGCCUCCUGCAGGGUACGUGACUGCAUGGGCUCCACGUGUGACGUGUCUCAUCCGUGCUGACGUGUCUCCCCGGAUCCACCCUGGGAGAGCUGAUGGGGGCUCCCGGACCUCGGGGGGCAGGCGGGAGGGGUGCCCCGGGGAGCCCGGGCAUGCAGCGUUUGCUUCCUGUGUGAGGAGUGGUGCUCGUGCCUCCGUUGCCAUGCCAGCGCCAUGCCAGCGCCGCUUGGCGGCGGGCUCCUCCGAGGGCCCUCCUUUGGAGCGGGCGUCCGCCCCGCUGUGGGGUGCCCCUCCGCGGGGUUCGUGUGCAUGGCCUGCACCUCUCAUCCCCGUGUCUCGGAGACCCCCGGGCGGGCUGAUCCCUCAGGGAAGGGUCGGGGGCUGCCUGCUGAGUGUGCCGUCAUGAUCAUGUGGUCGCAGAGGAGAGGUCGCCGUGAGCGUUCGCAUGCUUUUCCUGACGCACAAUACACGGUUGACCUCUCUUCGGUGUCCAUCCCGCCUCGCAUGCCUCCUGCACGACCACCGGCCCAGGAGGGCCCAGCAUGCGCCAACCCGCAUCCCGUGGGACCGGGCCAUCCUAUGGCGGGGGGCGUGGGGUGGGCGGGGCGGCCGCACAAGGAAGAAGCCUCCAUCGGGAGUGCUCCCGCGCCGUGGUGCCUGACGGAGGUUGCCUGUGAGGUGUUCACUUUCUCUACGAUGAAUAUUAUACAGUCAACCUCUUUCCGGUAUCGAAUCCCGCCGGGGACGACCUUCCCGUCAGGUGCUGACCCCAGGCGGCCGCAGCCUGUGCAUCGGGGUCCCGAGGCCCUGGCCUAGGACCUGGGCCCCCAGUCUGUUCCUCUUCCAGCUCCAUCCUGUCCAGAGGGUCUCCGAGAGCACCACAGAGCGGCCUCCGUGGUUCCAGCGCCCCUGGCUGCAGACAUGGGUACUCGGGGGGUCGGGGAGGUCCCUGCGCUGGGCAGCCCCACCCUCCCCUGAACCUGGGACCCUUGAGUCCGCAGGCACGCUCUGUCCGCUGAGCCCGGUGAGGGCUCGGCCCUGCCUCUUAUCCCCCCACCGGUGGCUGCCCCUUCCUAGAGCUGAGGUUCUGGACUCCGGAGGAAAUGGAAUGUCCUCUGCUGGGCAAGCUGUCCCUGACCACCCAACCUCGCCCUCCCCCUCCCCGGUUGGCCAUUACCCUAGCUUACUGCCCCCCCCAGAUUACCAGGUGCUCAUGCCUGCUCCCCCCCAGCUCCCCUUCCCCAGACUGUAAGGCUUCCCAGGUCUCAGGGCAGGAAGUUGGGGGCACAGCCGGGGCACAGGGUAGAGCAGCUGUGAGCAGAUGCUGCCUGAGCAAGGAGCUCAGGUUCAUCCCUGGGAAAGCGCCCCAAGCAGCUCAGAGGAGGCAGAGGAGGCCUGAAGGUAUGGCAAGGAGCUCAUGAAUAUGCUAAUCAGCUCUCAGUAACUCCUCGUUUGUUCAAAGCUGUUUGGUCUUCCCCUCUCUCUGCCCCUCUCAGGAUGGCACUGGAGACCCCGAGGUCGGCCACCACAGGGAUCGGUCAGGUGAUCGAUCCGCCACCCAGGGGGUCCCCAGGGGAGCGGUGAGUUCCAGUAGAACCCAGCAGACACCAGUGGAGCCCCAAACAUCCCAGCCGGUCCUCCAGCCCCAGAGCCGGCACUCUGGGGGGCUCCAUCGGCAACAGGCAGGAGCCCGGUGUCAGAGCUCAUAUUUUAUGCAUGGAACUGACUAAAUGGGGACAUUUGGAGAUGAAAAUUGCCGUUAAUGCAUCCACACAUCUUUGGAAUAUAUUAAAUGUGUAUAUGGGGAGGGGGGCGAGGUGGGAGGCAGCACCGGCCGCAUGUAAUGGCUCCGAUGUAACCAUGCCCACGCCACGGCAAUGAAAGGCACGGUGCCCCCCGGGCCGCCCAGGCCGCCCCCCGGGCGGGGCGCUGGGUACAUCAGCCCCCACCUGGGGCUUCUGCACGCGGCAGGUGUCAGCCCCUGGGGACCCGGCGCACGGCGGCGUGCAUGUCCCCAACUUAUUUUAAACCCAAAGCGGGUGACCCCAUACCGCUCGGCGCAGAAUUUCAUUAAAAGCCAAAUUACUGGUUUAUCUGCUGUUCUGAGGAUAAAAGGAAAUAAACAAAGGGCCUAGCUUCUCUGCCGGCCGCAGGGAAAUGUCUCCUCGCAGCUGCAGGAAUGGGGGUGACGGGGGCCGCCUCUGGGGCACCGCACCACUCCGGCCUCGGGCCCACCCACCGCCGGCAAAUAGGCAUUUUCCUUCCUCGUAAAAACCGGGCGGCUCAGCACCCAGGGGCUAAGGUCAGGAGGUGGGCCUCAGUGCCUGCGUGUUCACUGCUACCCUGCCCCGGAGCCUCUGGGAGCCACGGCUUUGACUGUCCUGCCAGCUCAUAGUAGGAGCUCAGCGAACACCUGGCUCAAAGCUGGCCGCAGGCACCAGGCAGAGUAGGUGCUUCGCAGGCGAGGGGGUCCUGAAUGCGGUCUCUUUCUCACCAGGAGGCCCUGGGAGGAGACUUUGUGGGAGGAAUGAAUAAAGGUGUGCUCUCGGAGGGGGAGACGAAGAGGAAUUCGGGGAAGACGGACAUAAAUCUCCACCGAGCACCGCCAAGGAAAGGCCCUGUGGAGGGAGAGGUGCCAUUUGUCACCGGUGGACAGGCCCGAGGGCCAGGAAGCACCCUGGGCCCGACACGUGGCCGGGACAUCCCAUGGGUGGGGCCUUCGGUGGAUCCCAGCCACGAGCCAACAGCCGGACCAGACCACACCCGCCUGGAGAGAUCCGGGCUCCUCCUCUGGCCUGGGCCCUGCGUGCUCCGAGCCCUCUCCUCUUGCUCCUGCUCCAUCGGACUCCGCCCUGGCCCUGCUCCUGGAGGUGGCCGAGGGCACCCAGACCCCGGGGACAACACAGCUGCCAGACCAGCGCCCCCUCCCGCCUCACCGGGAAGACAGAGCCCCCACUGCCACCCCCACGGCCCCUGCUUCAAGGACUGACAGCGCCCGGGCCGCCCCCUCCGUCCCCCUGUGUGGGGCAAGCUGGACUUCUCUGUGGCCUGGGGAGGCCUGUGGGCCUGGGAGGACCCGGGGGGCGGGGAGGCGUCCUGCAUGACAAACUCCAAUGAAAGAGCCGGCGGCCCCGCCCCCCGGGAAGGACCGAGGGGUCCUGCCCCCCCUUUUCAGCCCCCUGGAUUGUUGUCUGCCUGUUUGAACAAUAAACGCACAGGA